GUUAUUGACAUUUAGAUGGUGGGCUGGUCAUAAGCAUUCAGCCGCUGGUGUCCUUAUAUUAAAUCCAAUUAGUGCAUUAUUUAACAAAUAAUUCAUUUAAAGGGGCGGAUGUUUAUCGAUCAGAAGUAAAUCGAGACAGCCACAAUGGCUAUGUCUAAAGGUUUCAAAGUUCUUGAAAAAUCUUCUCCACCUAAUCCGUAUAGUGUAAUUUUGCAACACAGAAAUAAAGAUACUGCAUUAUUAUUCGAAUCUCAAGCGGUGGUUUCCCUGUCGUUUCAAGAGACGGAAACCUUGCGUAAACAAUACCAUAAAAUUGCUGAUGCAUAUGGAUGUUUAGGUGUUCUACAGUUAAAUUCCGGAGAAAGUUGCUUAUUACACCUUGUUCUCGUCACGGGCUGCUGUUCCGUUGGCAAGGUAGGCGACAUUGAAGUAUUCAAAAUAACUCAAACACAAUUUUUACCUCUUUUCUAUCAAUCUCAGAGCGAAGACAAAAUUUCAGAAGUGAGAAAAUUACUUAACUCUGGCACCUUCUAUUUUUCAUGGAACUCCGGUAAAACCACCGAUAAUUUAUUUGAUCUUACUCUUUGUUCCCAAAGAAAAAGCAAAGGAGCUAAUUCAGAUAAUAGAUUCUUUUGGAAUAGAACCUUGUAUAUUCACCUCAUAAGAUUUGGAAUUGAUUGUGACGAUUGGCUUACUCGAGCAAUGUGUGGAUCAGUUGAGAUAAGAACUAUUUAUGUAGGUCAUAGACAAGCAAGGGCUGUGCUCGUGUCCAGGUUGAGCUGUGAAAGAGCAGGAACAAGAUUCAAUGUUAGAGGUUGCAAUGAUGAUGGUAAUGUUGCUAACUUUGUGGAAACUGAACAAGCAAUUUACAUAGAUGAUUCUGUAGCAUCAUAUAUUCAAACUAGAGGAUCAGUUCCACUAUUUUGGGAACAGCCAGGGAUUCAGGUUGGUUCACAUAAAGUAAAAAUGUCGAGAGGAUAUGAUGCAUCAACUAGUGCAUGUGAUAGACAUUUCUCUCAGUUGAAGCGUAAUUAUGGGUCCCUUGUAGUUGUUAAUCUUUUGGGCUCAAGUUUAAUAGGAGGAAGCGAAGGAGAAGCUACUCUAAGCAAUGCUUUUCAGAGACAUCUCAAUGAGUCUGCUCAUAAUGAUGUUGCACAGAUUAUAUUUGAUUAUCACCAGGAAGUUAAAGCUUCAUCAAUUGAUUCAGCACUAUCAAAGUUUAAGAAGAUUAUUGAAAAUUAUUAUGAUAGUAUUAGCAUUUUCAGUGCUAGAGGUAAUGAUAUUUAUAACAUUCAAAAGGGUGUAAUACGUACUAAUUGCUUAGAUUGUUUGGAUCGAACAAAUGCUAUACAAACAUUUAUUGGCCUAGAGAUGCUUGCAAUACAGCUCAUGUUACUACAAUGUGUUGAUAAAAAACAGAAUGUUAAUAGAUUUGAAGAAGUUUUUAAACAGAUGUGGGUGAACAAUGGCAAUGAAGUGUCAAAAAUUUAUGCAGGCACUGGUGCAAUACAAGGUGGUUCUAAGUUAAUAGAUGGAGCAAGAUCGGCAGCUCGCACCAUACAAAAUAAUUUGUUAGAUAACUCAAAACAAGAAGCUAUUGAUAUAUUACUUUUGGGCUCAACUCUCAAUUCAGAACUAGCCGAUCGCACAAGGAUUUUGCUACCAUCUAAUAUUUUACACACAUCCACACCUGUUCUUAGAGAAAUGUGCAGAAGAGCAAAUGAAUUUACGCAACCAUCUAGUAUACGUAUUACAAUUGGAACAUACAAUGUGAAUGGUGGUAAACAUUUCAGAAGCCUUGCAUAUAAAGAUGUUUCAUUAUCGGAUUGGUUACUGGAUUGCCCAAAUUCAGCUUUAGUAAACACAGUAAACUUAAAAGAUCAUCCUUCAGACAUAUUUGCUAUUGGUUUUCAAGAAAUAGUUGAUUUAAAUGCUAGUAAUAUUAUGGCAGCUAGUUCUGAUAAUGCAAAGGCAUGGAGUGAAGAAUUGGAUAAGAUACUAGCGAGAGAUGCUUCCUACACGCUUUUAUCAAGCCAUCAGUUGGUGGGUGUCUGUCUUUUCCUGUUUGCAAGGAAAGAUUUAAUUCCACAUAUCAGAGAUGUAGCCCUUGAUUCUGUCAAAACAGGGCUUGGUGGAGCAACUGGAAAUAAAGGAGCUGUGGCAAUUCGUCUCGUAAUAUAUGGGACAUCCCUAUGUUUUGUCUGUGCUCAUUUUGCUGCAGGGCAAUCUCAAGUUUCAGAACGUAAUGCAGAUUAUACAGAAAUCACGCGAAAAAUUGCUUUUCCUAUGGGGCGGUCCUUAUAUUCUCAUGAUUAUGUCUUUUGGUGUGGAGAUUUCAACUACCGUAUUGAUCUAGAUAAGGAUGAAACGCGAUUAUUAGCAUCACAAAAUAACAUGCAAAGACUUUUAGAGCAAGAUCAACUAUUGCGCCAAAAAUCACAAGAUCUAGUUUUUAAAAAUUGUUUUGAGGGAGAAAUUACUUUCCUUCCUACUUAUAAAUAUGAUUUAUUUAGUGAUGAUUAUGAUACCAGCGAAAAAUGUCGGGCUCCAGCGUGGACUGAUCGAGUCUUAUGGAGAAGUCGCAAGUAUACCAUUGAUCCAGAAACAACAUCAGAAUUAGCCGCUGGAAAAAUAUUGCACUAUGGGCGUGCUGAACUUAAACAGAGCGAUCACCGACCGGUGAUUGCUAUCUUAGAAAUAGAAGUGUCACAAGUUAGUUAUACAAAGUGUAUGGAAGUAUUUUAUGAUGUGGUCAAAGAUUUGGGUCCGCCUGAUGCUAGCAUUAUUGUACAACCAGCAGAAGAAUUUGAUAACGAAGAAUCUAUUUUUGAUGAUAAUUUGAUGACUGCUGUUCUGCAAGAAUUAGCUAUUAUUGGGGAAGUAACAUUAGUACGUUUUAUUGAUGAUCUUACAUUGAGUAUAACAUUUAGAGAUAGUCAACAUGCCUUGGCUGCAGCACAGAAAGGACAAAUUUCAGCUUGUUCUAUUCCAUUACUAAUAUCAUUGAAGUCACCUAAUUGGAUCGAUAUUGUUAAGUCAGAAGUUAAUUUGUGUUCCAAUAACACAAUUCCUUUAUUCGGCGAAUUACCCAGCGAACGCCCUCUACGAUCUGCUCCUCCUACACCACGUAGACAACAACCGAGUAGACCUCCAGCUCCAUCGCCUACACCUCUAAUACCAUCGAGGACACCAGCGGUAAGUCCAGCAAGGCCGCCUCCUCCUCGCCCUGCGCCAUUUCAAAAUGACAUACUUGGUAAUGUACUACAGCCUGCACCAACAUCACCUCCUGCUGACAUUCUUCCUCCGCCACAAUGCGCACCUCCGCCGCCACCAGCUAGCAGCACUCCUCCUCCGACUAGUCAUCCUCCUCCAGUACCUGCCCGCCAAGGAGCGCCACCUCCUUUGCCAGCCCGCCCACGACCAGUUAUUUAGAUCCAUAUGGCGAAAUAUGCUUUAAAUUUGUUUGUUAUUGAUAAUAGAAAUGGUAUUCAAUAUUAUAGUAGUUGAAAUGUUACAAAUUCAAUAAACAUAUUGCAAUAAUUUUUAAGCAAUGUUCUAUCGUCUUAUAUGUUAUCGCCGUUAUUAUAGCUCUAUUCAAAAUUAUAUUAAACAUACUUAUUACCCUUUUUAAAUUUAUUUUAAUAGGCUGUGAUGUAUUGAUCAAAAUAUCCUAGUAUUUCUUUACUUAUAAUAGUAAUUAUUAUUAAUUUUUGUUCUACGUAGUAUUUUUAUUUUUUUACUUUUUAUAAAUAUAAAUUAUAUUUAGCAAGAAGUAUUCCUGAUAUAUUUUUUGUAUUCUAAAGGUUAUAUUCAAUUGGAAAUGGCAGAAUUUUACUAUUGAUCUCAUUAGACGUCUACAUUUUUUACGUAAUUUUAUAUGUUAAAUGAAUUCCUAUAUUUCGCACUGAAUCAACAGCUAUUUUACAUAAUUUUUUAUUCUUGUUUGGGUUCCUAUAUGUUUUAUGAAAACUUGGUACAUUGUUCAUUUAGCUAUUAGGAGUAUAUGUAAUGUAACUUUGUACAUUUGGUCAUAAGAAAUUUACUAUGAGGGAAGUUCUCAGUUUAUUGUUAUUAUAAUAUUAUUAGAUAUCAACGAAAAGUUAGAAACUAUAGCGAGUCUUUAUUCUUCUGUAAAUUUUAUUAUGAUGUUAUAAACAUUAAGAUUUACACAAUAUAUUAAUUUUGAUAUGUUAUUUAAUUAAAAUUAUGUAAUUAUAGAUUAAAAUUUGAACAUUUUUAUUUUUAGGAAUAACAUUAUAUUAUUUUUAUAUCAAGGAUAAUAUAUUUAAUAUGUUGAUGCAAUAGUAUGAUAAUUCUUAAACUGAUAGGCUUAUCUUAUUUUAUUAUUAGUGUAUUAACUUCACCAUGAUUAUUUUCAAUACUAAGCAACUGGUAUGGCCAGUAUGUCUACAUAUUUUUAGUUUUAAUUCUUUGUUUAAUAUGUUAUUUAUUUUCGGACCAACGUUUCAUUAAUAUAUUGGAUUAAAGACAUAUUUUUACAGAAUGUGAGUCUAGCUUUUAGCGUUGUAACAGUAUAUAUGUAGGAGUAAAAUGUAUUUUGAACAUUGGUCGUUUACGAGAUUUGAAACUAUUUAUUUACAUAAUAAAUCGCAAUAAACAUUUAUAAAGUUAAUAGAAUUGUGAGAUUGUCUUCUGUAAUUAAAUAUUGUUAAAUAAUUAUCGCAAUACUUCAAAUAUAUGGCAGUGUACAAGAAGAAUCUGUUUUCUUAUUUAAUACAAACAAAAAACGAUUAUUAUAAUUUAUUAUUGUAAUCUAUCCAUAGAUGUAUAUCAGUAAUUUAAUUUUAAGCUCGCUGUUACAUUUGACAAAAGGCAAAUAUAUUUGAAACAAUUGAUUUUAGUUUCAUAAAAAUAAUUAUUUAAGUUAUUUAUAUUUUGAUAUAAGUAUAAUGUUUCCGUAUUUUAUUCAAAAUAUUUCUAUUUCAAUAUUUAUACAAAACAAGAGAACCAUGUCUGUCUGUGCUUUGAGGGCUACCAAAAUUAAUAUAAUUUCUUUUGUAGAAAAUAUGUGUCAACGUUGUUAAUCUCGACAUUAUUUGAUGUUAUUAUCGCUUAAUGUCGCUGUAUUUUGUGAUUCUAGAAUUUACAGUAAUAGGUUGAUUUAUCUUGCAGGCAAAGCUUAAUUGGCCAUUUAAUUAACAGUCUAGCUUUUUUACUAAGCGGCACUUUUCAAUGAGCAGCUUGAAUGACAUUCAGCUAAUACAUCUUCUGUUCAUAGAAUGGGGAUUUGCUUAAGACUCUCCUGAUAAUAUAAACGGCUCAACGGUGCCGUUUAGUAAAAUGACUAGCCUUUUUAUUAAAACGCUAAUUAAUUUAAUUGACUGCUACAUAUACACCGUUUGUAGAGCGCUAUUUUAAGUAUAAUUUUAUUGAUAUUGAUCAUUAGUAAAUAUCCUUUCAGGGUACGGGCAAUUUCAAGCUAUUGUUAAUAAGGUAUCGGUUGAAUUAAUAUUUUAACUUACUGCAAUAAUUAUUCUCAAGGAUAUAUAAAUAGAAAAUAUUAUUCAGCCGCUAGUCCUGUGAAUAAGGCUUGUAUCCCAUUUACGAACUACGAAGUAAUCAUGAUACGACUUGCGAUAGUAGUUAUCAAUCGAACAACGCUUGACUUUAACAAAAAAUAAUUUAUUAGAUAUGAGCUGUAAAAUACAUACUUGUGAUGAGAAAUAUGCUUUAUUUUAUUUUCUACGUCACUUGUUAUUUAUUAAUAGGUAUAAGUUUCAAUUUACGAUUAAAUUGACGUACUUACCUGAUUUGCAUUUGUUAGUUUUAUAAACUGAUCAGUAAAAAUAUCAUAGAGCUAAUAAUAUGUACAAUUAUUGUACAACUAUUAUUGUAGAUAUAGUGCUUUAUAAAUGUUGUAUCAAAUAUUAUGAGCAGAUAAUAGUUAUAGACAAUUUAUGUGUGAAAUGGCGAAAUAAAUUGUUUUGGCGAAAAAACUA